UCCGCGAGGCGCCGGGGAGAUGAGGGAGGUGGUGACGGUGCAGGUCGGCGGCCACGCCAACUUCGUCGGCUCCCACUUCUGGAACUUCCAGGAUGAGCUCCUCGGCCUCGCCGACGACCCCGCCGCCGACGCCGCCUUCAGGGCCGCGCCGCUCGACAUGGACGUCCUCUACCGCGCCGGGGAGACGCUCCAGGGCGUCCCCACCUACUGCCCCCGUCUGGUGUCCGUUGGCUCUCGAGGGUCUCUUGGCUCGUUAAGCUCCUCCGGCGCUCCUGGCCUGAGUGCUGCUGCCUCCGAGCAGCUCAACAUCACUACAUGGUCUGGAAGUGUAACAAGAUCGGUAGCAAAACCUCAUGGACGGAACUUGUUUCUGCAAAGCUUAGCUGAAGAUCAGAUCGUAAGCACUAGUAAUGGUGGAAACAAUUUGCAGAAAAAUGUAGAAGAUAAGGACCUUGUCGAGUCCCUGGAGAAUGAUGUCAACUUUUGGACUGAUUACACGAAGGUUCAGUAUCACCCUCAAAGCUUGUAUGAAAUGAAUGGGUCAUGGACAGACUUUGAAAAGUUUGAUAACUUCGGGACUGCAAAAGAGGUAGUUUCAGAAUGGUCUCAGAUGGAGGAGAUGAAUGAGAGGCUAAGGUUCUUUGUUGAAGAAUGCGACCAUAUUCAGGGUAUCCAGUUUAUUGUGGAUGAUUCAGGAGGUUUUUCCAGUGUAGCUGCACAGUUUUUGGAAACCAUUGCUGAUGAUUACACAAACACACCUGUAUUGCUUUAUUGUGUGAGGGAUCCAGUUACCCAUGGAUCAGCCAGGAAUCAAAGGGAGACCAUUACAAGAUCGUUGCAUGACGCUGUUUCAUUUUCAAAGCUUUCGUCCUUUUGCAGUUUGGUGGUUCCAAUUGGACUGCCCACUCUUAGUCAAAGUUAUCUGUCGCCCUUCCUUUCUAUACAAGACACAAAACCAUUCCACUCCAGUACCAUUUCCGCUGCAGCUAUACAUACAAUAACUGUACCAUUUAGACUACAGAAUGCCGGCCCGGCUUCGAACUUAGCGCAUUCAUCUGGUAAUAUCGACAUACGUCAACUCGCGCACAUAAUAUCGGAUCAGGGUAGGCAGAACAAGGUUACUGCUCUGGAUGUAGCAAUGCCCGCCCCUUCUUUGAAAGAUGGAAAUGAUUUGUGGAACAUAAAGAGCCUGCACUCGCUAACCCCUGAAAUCAGUGAUGAAGAAGAAGAUCCUUACUCUGUUGAAUCGUUGGUGGUUCAUGGAGUUCUGCUUGCAGGUGGGCAAGGGGCAUCGAUAUCGCAAGUUAAGGACUCCGUGUGCGCAGCCUAUGAACGCAGGGCCACAAAACCGAAGUUUUCCCAUCUCUCAGUGUCUCCCUGCCCGCUACCCAUCCCUCUACCGUUCCCGUCAUUCUUCAGGAGCAACAUUGGCCGGCAUGGCGAAAUCGUCGGGAGCCAUUCCGAGGGAACCCUGCCAAAGGGUUCGCUCGAUGUUGAGUCGAUACCAAUGGCGGCACGCCUGAGGUCGAGCAACGCGGUUCUGCCCUUCAUAGAGAGGCGCUCACUCAGCCUCCAGAAGCUCGGCGUGGCCAGGGGCGCUCUGGGCACCCAGAUACUCCGCGACUGGGGCUUCGGGAAGGAGGAGAUCGAGGAACUGUCUGAGCACCUAUUGAAGAUGGUCCGCAUGUUCCAUCCCGAGGAUGGGCUAACAUCAGAUUCCGACUAUGAUUGACCGUCUUGUAUGGUCUUGGUAUUUUUUUCCGUGGGACACACGGUGUUGCAGGAUACUUUUGGUCUUGUUUUUGCUGGGUUGAACUGUUGUUGUAUGUGUACGAUGCAUGUGGAUGCAGUUAUGGAACAUGCUACUAUCCUGUAUGUACCUGGGAUGUGAAGCUGAACAUGGGAUCUGAGAGAGCCCAUGGAUGUUGGUUUUA